AUGGAGACAGAGAGUGCACUCCGCCGGCUCAGCAAGGGCAACAAACUCGCUCUGAAAACUUUAAAACGCCACCAGUUGAGGCAGCUACUUCAUCUGACAGAGCUUCUGAAGAAGGCAGGAAAUGACAGAGACCGAAUGAAACUGAAGGCGCUUGUGACUGUUGAAGUGCACAACCGCGACGUGCAUGAGAAAUUGAUUCAAAGUCGUUGUGACAGUGAACACCACUUUUUGUGGACUUCACAACUCAGACUGGAGCUACGGGAGGAUAUUUCUGAGGCUGACAGAAGCGGCAAUCCGGCAUCCUUCAACCAAGCAGGCUUUUCGGGCACGCUCCUGUGCCAGGGCCUCCAAACAGAAACAGUGACACCUUACGGCUACGAGUAUCAAGGGAUUUACAGUCGGCUGGUCAUAACCCCUCUCACGGACCAAUGCUUUAUGGCCCUUACAUUCGCCUUACACUGCAGGCUGGGCGGAUCAUGCCAAGGCCCUGCAGGCACCGGAAAAACUGAAACAGUAAAGGACCUUGGAAAAACACUGGCAAAAUUUGUUAUUGUUUUCAACUGCUCGGACGCGCUUGAUUACUUGUCCCUCGGCCGAAUCUUUAGUGGGCUGGCCCAAAGCGGCGCUUGGUGCUGCUUUGACGAGUUUAACCGGAUAGGCCUGGAGGUUCUCUCCGUAGUUGCGCAGCAAAUAUCGACUAUUCAGAACGCUUUAAGGCAAGUGGUUCAUGAGACGUAG